AUGGACGCCGCCGAGGCUAAGCCAACACCAGUAACGGCCACGCCGUCACGGCCGCGCGCGCAGCCGCCGGUGAACCCCUGGUCGACGGGGCUGUUCGACUGCAUGGAGGACCCAGGCAUCUGCUGCCUGACGUGCAUCUGCCCGUGCAUGACGUUCGGGCUGAUGGCGGAGAUCGUGGACCGGGGAGCGACGUCGAGCGGCGCGAGCGGGGCGAUGUACAUCGGGAUGGGGGUCAUGACGGGGUGGGGGUGCCAGUGGAUCUACACCUGGUUCUACCGCACCAAGAUGCGCGCGCAGUACGGCCUCCAGGAGACCCCCUACCCGGACUGCUGCGUCACUGCCUUCUGCGAGCCCUUGGCCAUCUGCCAGCAGUUCCGCGAGCUCAGGAACCGAGGCUUCGUCAUGGACAUCGGAUGGCACGCGAACAUGGAGCUGCAGCAGCAGCAGGGGCGUGGCGGCAACGCGGCCACGGUGCCGCCGGCCAUGCACGCUGAUGGAAUGACCCGUUGA